UGUAACUACCCGUACACUGGGUCUGUCUGACAUAGCUGCGACGCAGAAACACACUUUCAGUACAUUGCCAAGUACGACUGAGGAGUUUUGAUGUUGAGAACGACAGAACUGGACAUGGAGUGUAACUGGUGGCGCCAUGCAGGCUCCAAAUGACCACUGUGAAACCUGCUCUGAACUUUUGAAGUGUAUAGAGGAUUUCGACCUUCCAGAGGACAAUGUGUUACUAAUUGAUGUAGAUGUUAAGGUAAUAAACACACCUCUUGGUAAAUUUAAUAAGAAGGAACGACAAGACGAGAGGAAGAGUUUUGUUAACAAGCUUAAGAAAAAUAUAUCAGCUCUGAGGAACACAGCAGGGGGUGUAGUGCUGGUUCACCUACAGGGAUUAACAUCAGAAGACAAAUGCCUCGACUACUUCCAUGAAAUAGUCGAUGUGAAACUGAAUGAUAUGAUCGAAGAUGGCAGUCUCUUUGUGCAAAGUUACCAGAAGGAUUGGCUUCAGGGCAACAAAACAAACAAUGACAAUAACAGUCGUUUUCAAGGAUUUGUUGCCAUCCAUGUAACAGGUUCUCGCAUUGUGACAACGCUCGACUUCAAUUCUGGAGAGCAACUGGAAACUCCUCACAACACUAUUCAAGUUGCAUUCCAUCCCGUAACGGCAGACAGGUUUGUGCUGGAGGUUGCUGUUGCAGCAGUAGAUGGUUUACUGUUUUAUGACAAGGAAGGCCCAGAAGCUUACGAGUAUGAAAAUAGCAGACUGAAGAGGUUAUUGAUCACAGAUUGGUACGAAAGGAUAUUCCGGAGGCUGUUAAAGCAGCUGCGGCUUGCUCGCACCUGUAGCUCCUAUGACUGGCUCUUCCUCAGUGAUACUGCCUAA